AUGACUCCAUCUCUCUUUAUUAUACUUGAUAAACUACCAUUCGAUGCAGAUGGAAAAAUAGAUCGAGAAUUUCUUCGUUCACCUGACUUUUCACCAUCAUCUGUUAAUCAUACUGAUAAUGUACCACAUACGACUCUAGAGCAGCAAGUACGAAAUAUUUUUAGUCAAGCGUUUCAUACUCAAUCGCCUCAUAUUGAGGUUCCCUUUAAUCAACUUAGUGGAACAUCUCUAGAUGCCAUACGAGCGCUUACAUUAAUACGGUAA